CUGUGGAAAGUAGAGAAGAAGAUGGAGAAACUGCUGAUUCUUUUGCUUCAACCAUGACUGGCUGGCUUGGCUUUGGAGGAGAGAAAAAAACAGAUCACUCUGCAGAAAAAGAGCAAGAUGAAGAAGGAAAAAAUGACGAAGAACCAGCAGAGAAAUUCAGGAGUCGGAGGAUGUCUCUGGACCUUGAGGGCAGCCAGUUACAAGAAGAGAAGACAGAGAUGGGGACAUUAGGUUGGCUUGGAAAUGGACUGUCAAGCACGUUGGGGUUUGACCUGACCAACCAGGAAUCAGAGCAGGAGACAACAACUGAAAAAGAGGACAAGGAGGAAGAACAGCCAGCUUCUGGUUCUUGGUUGGAUAUGGGGAUAGGGGACAUUUUAGGCCUCAGAAAAGACAAGAGUGAAGCAGAUGAGAGUGCAGAAGAGGACAAAAUCUUAGAACAACCAACAGAAUCUGUGAAUGUGGAUACCAGUCAGUCACCCACUGCACUGACAGAGGAUCUAAGGACAGAAACCAGCAAUGAAUCAAAUGCGGAGGAAGACCAAAAUGCCCCACCAGAAAUCAUUCUCAAUGCUGACAGUAAUAAUUAUGAUAUAAGUACAUCAGACAGCAGCAAUGAUAGUUUCAUACCUGAAGACACAGCAUCCAAGGAGUUUGAGAAAACAUCCAAGGUAGUAGAUACAAUCCAUAAUAGCAGUAACAAAGAAGGAAGAGGUAAUGUUUCAGAUGAUCACAAGGAAGAGGAAAAAUUCCUGGGUGGAGAAAGACCUGCAGAAAUGGAGGACAAGGAUCAUCAGAUGCCUGAAAAAGAAACGGAAACUGCAAGCGAUACUGAUCAAGAUUUUUUGACACAAUCUGACAUCAGUGUAGGGUCUGAUGUAACUUCUGCUGAUUUAAAUUCAAACUCCAUGGGACAAUCUGUUGAGGAGAGCAAAGCAGAGGAUGUGGUUGAGGAAGAGGCCCAGAUCCCUCAUCAGAUCAAUAACACAGAAGAAUCCACAGAUACAUCUGUCAAAAUUGGAGCCAGUAGUCAUGAUCACGAAGCUGAGGGGAAUAAAGCAGAUGUACUUUACAUAGAAAUUUCCACGACUCAGACUGACUCAGCAGAACAAAGUCAAGUCAGUAGUGUUGGACAGACUCAGCCUUUCUUAUUAUUAGGGGCAGCUGACGAGAAACCAGUUCCCAAUGAGGAUGACAGUUUUAAAGCUCAGAGUGUAGAAACCGAUGUUGAUCAUUCAGAUUCACUAACUGUGACUGAUAGUAACACAGAGACACAGCAGGGAGAGUUCGGACAGGAGAGGGAGGUGCAUUCUGUUGAGGACAGCUCUGAGGAGUUUGGAUCUUCUGAUAUUCAGUAUGUAAAUGCCUCAGAGGAGGACAGAGGAGUGUUUUCGACUACUGAGAGCGUAAUACAGAUGGAAAACAAUGUAGAUCAGGACUCUGAGCUUCUGCAACAGGGGGGCGCAGAAAAUGACGGUGAUGCACAUGAGCUAAAGGAAACAGUAAAAGAAACCGAGACUGAUGGUGAAGACGAAAUCCAGCCAGUUCAAACUGAGAUUGAGGACGUAGAGGAGACAAAGGAAGGAAUGGGGGAACGGGAGGAAUUAAAAGAAGUGGAGGAGAUAGAUUCAGAGGAAAAAUUGCAGGAAGUGGAGCAAGUAAAGCAGGAUGAGGGAGAAGAGUUAAAAGAUGAAGGGGGAAAGGAGGAAAUGGAGGAGAAGAAGCAGGAGAGGAUAAAAGAAUUGGAGAGGGAGACUGUAGAUAAGUUUGAAGAAAAUAAUAAAAAACAGGAGGAAGGAGAGGAGAUAAAAGAAGAAGAAGUGAGGGAGUCAAAGGAAGAGAAAAAACAAGGGGAGGAGGUAAAUAAAGAGGAGAAAAUGGCUGAGAUGGAGAAGGUGAACGAGGAGAAGAUGCAAGAGGGGAUGGAAGAGCUAAAGGAGGAGAAUCAGGAGGUAAUAGAGAAGUUAACAGAAAACUUGAAACAGGAGGAAGUGGAAGAGAUAAAAGAGGAUAGCCAGGAGCAGGUGGGGGAAUUAAAGGAAGAGAAAAUGCAGGAGGAGGUAGAGGAGUUAAAUGAGAAGGAGGAGAAGGAUGAAAUGGAGGAAACAUUAGGGGAGGAGAAGCAAGAGGAAGUGGAGGUGUUAAGGGAAGAGGACAGGCAACAGAAGGUAGAAGACUUCGGAAAGGAGAAGGAAAGGGAGGUGGAGGAAGUAAAGAAAAAUGAGGAGGAAGAGCAUGAAGAAGUACUGUCUUCUAAUUUUGGGGUAGAGAUGGAAACCAGCCUCCACUCUUCACCUCACACUCAAAAAGACAUCAACAACGGAACGACAAGACAAGAAGGCAAUAAAAAGGAGACACAAGAGGAGAACAGCUCAGAAUCUGUGUUCUCUGAAGUAUCCACACAAACUGAAAAGAGUCCGAUCGAAAACCCACAGACGGAAGAACAGGAACGAGUGGAAGAAAAGUUCAAGGACGAAGUGAAAGAGCAGGAGGAUGAAGGAAAUCAUAGAGUGGAGAAUGGGAGGGGCGAGAGGAGGGACAAAGAGGACGAAGAGAGUCUCAAAAGUUCAAACAAAUUUUUUCCUCAAGCUAGUGAAGACGGAUCUAUGACGGACAGCAAUGGAAAUGGUUUUGCAAAUAGGUUGAGCUCAACAGAUGAAGGGACAAUGGAGACAGAAAUCAAAAUUCCGACGACAGACGGUGAUCAAAUAUUCGCAGAUGGGACAGGAGUGAGUCCAGUGGUACCAGGCAUAGAGAGGGAUGAGGAGGGAACACAGGAGGAGGAAAAUGAAGAAAAAGGAGAUAAUGGUGUGAUAAACAACAAUGAUCUGAGUGGCCAAAACAGCCUUCCUGAUCAACUUUCGUUUUGCCAGACAGCCGAGAACAAAGAAGAUGAUCAACUGUACUCUUGUGAGGUAGGAAACACUGACCUUUCUGAUGAUAAUGUGCUCCGUCAGAGGGAUAAAACUACGCCUGAAGACACUGAAACCAGCACCAAUGGAAUUUACACUGAGACGAAAACAGUACAAAUACACUCUGGUCAUGAGACAGACACAGAAGAGAUGGAGAUAAAUGGAAAGCAUGCCAAUAUGCCGAUGACAAACCUUUUUCCUAAUAUAACUGGUUCUGAACUCAGGACAGAGGAAAGAGUGGAGGUGGAAGUUUCAUCUGGUGACCCUGUGAUAUCUGAGCAAACUGGUCUGUCUGAUGGUCACAAUAAAGGCACGGCAGAGACUGGGGGUGGAGGAGCAUUUGGCCUUUUCAAAAAUGCCUUUGGCUUUUUCAGCCAAACACCUGUCACUGAAACUGAAGGAUCUGCAGAAUCUGAACCAAGUUUGGAUUCUAACACAGUUGAGACAUCCACAGACUCACUGACCCCUGAACAACAACUGGAUUCAACUACAGAUCCAACCCAGGUUUACAUGCAAGAUACGCAAACAGACUCUUCCGUCACUGGGUCACAACAGCAGCUGGAACCUUCUCCUACCUCUACAGAGCCUCAGACAUCAUCUUCAUCUCCAACACAGACUAAUAACCAUCCAACAGAAAGCCAACUCCAAACAAAACCCCCCACCAAACACUACAAGAACCUCCUUGCCUACAUGAGCUCGGAUGAGGUGACUAUUUUGACAGAGCUCUUUGGGCGACACAAAGUGCAGUUUUUGGAUUACGUUUUAGGAAGUUCAGAAACCAUGACUGAUGAUCCUGAUAAUGAUGAGUCAAUAUUGCUGGAUAUAGAAAGACUUCUGCAUUAUCACAGGGAGACACUGCUCGCUCCUAGCAUGAAGCUCGCUGAUGUACCACAGGAGGAUAAAGAAAAGACCAGAACGCUCAUCACACUUCAGAAGCUAGAAAUGCUGUUGGCGAGAGUGAGAAAGACUUUAAGCAAUGGUCAAUCAGAUAUCCGUGACGCAAACCAUCAAGCUGAGGCCAGCUGUGUUGGUGCAUCCUGUUUGACUCAUGGCAAAGAUCAGGGAAUGGCCACCGAGGUAGAUUCCUCUGUAGGUCUAGAUAACAACGUUCUAACAGAUGAAUGGAAGGGGGUGGAUAAGAAGAAAGAUGGACGACUGAGUGGAGGCACAGGAAAUGAGAAAAGAAGUGAAAAAGAGAGAGUGUCACCCGAGUCCCCUCCUCAUAUUCAGCCAGAAUCACCCCAGUCACUGGAAGGGGUCAUGAAGCAAAUUCUGGACUUUGUUCUUUUGAUUGCUGAAGCCUCAAAAACUCAUCUUCAUGCAGUGAGGGAGCUUCUCAUAUGGCUCACUGUAAAGGUUGUAUCGUCACUGCCUGAUGACAUCAGACCUGGGCCAGACCUGUACGGGGUGCCAUGGGAACCAGUCAUCAUCUCGAGUCUGGUGGGGAUGAUGACAUUGCUGUUGUUUACCUGUAGAUGUUACAGCUCUGUCAAAAGCAGAAUGUAUCGAAGUAAAGAGCGGUGGAUGGCUGAGCAGGUUGCACAGCAGCUGGAUGAGAAGUGUAAAGUCCUUGAGACCCUCAGCAAAUGUCAACAAGAGUAUGAUGACCUGGAGAGCUCACUGAGGGACAGCGGUGUCUUGGCCCAAACACAAAAGACAGAACAUCUGGAGGUCAAAGCCAAACAGUUGGGACGUGCUAAAAAAGAGCUGGAGAGGGAUCUUGAACAACUUAAGGAUCAGCUGGACCAGCAGAGAGAACAGAGGAUGGAGCAAGAAAAGAGAAUAGCAGUGCUUGAAGAGAGCAUGACAACGUUUGAAGAAGAGAUCAAAGACCUCCAGUCACAGGAAGAGCAGGCACAAACCACACUGAAAGUGUACAAUAUGAACAGUGACAGACUGCAGAGGAAUCUAGAAACAGCUGGAGAGGAGAACACACUGCUGCAGGAGAGCAACGCUCAGUUGAGGCAGCAGGUGGAGGGAUGGGCAGAAAGAGUGAGUGAGCUGGAAGCAGAGAUGAGCAGGUGUGAAGCUGCCCACAGCGGGAUGCUGCAGGAUGUGGCCAACAAGGAUGAGCGGAUAAUGUCCUUGACAGACCGGCUGCUGAGGAUGAAAGCUUGGGAUUCAGACCUGGAGGAAGAGGAGGGGGAGGAAGGAGGAGAGAAGGAGACAUCCAAUGGCUCAGCAGUGAGAGGAGAUGCGAAUGGAAGAGGAGACAUAACAGACACACAAGGCCAUCUCCAGAAAGUCCAGAAACUUAUCUAUGCUGCUAAGCUAAAUGCAGACCUCAAAUCAGUAGAUGAAGACAAGGAUAGAAUAUUUGCAAAACUGAAUGAUGAAGUCAAAGCUAAGGAAGACCUGCAAGAGAGCAUUAAGGAGCUGGAUAAUGAGAAAUUAUCUCUGCAGUCAGACACUGAGCAGUACGCUGAUCAGGUCCAAAGAUUACAACAGAAACUCCAGAUCAUGACAGAAAUGUACCAGGAGAAUGAGCUCAAGCUACACAGGCUGCUUACAGUGGAGGAGAAGGAGCGCAUGCAGAAGGAAGAGAAGUUAAAUAAGGCAGAUAAAAACAUUGCGAUGGCCAUGGAGGAACUCAGCAACUACAGACAGCGAGCCGGAGAGAUGGAAGAAGAAUUGGAGAAAACCAAACAGUCUUAUCAGACUCAAAUAUCUGCGCAUGAGAAGAAGGCUCACAAUAACUGGCUGGCAGCACGAGCAGCUGACAGAGAGCUAGCAGACAUCAGGAGAGAGAACGCCCUCUUCAGACAGAAGCUCACAGACACACAGUUUAAACUUGACGCCCUCGACAAAGAUCCCUAUGCCUUGAACAGCCUGGCUAGACCACUUCCUUUCAGAGCUGAAAGGUCACCAUACGGUCCGUCUCCUCUGGGUCGACCUGCAUCUGAAACCAGACCUUUUCUGUCUCCUCCUACAUUAAUGGAUGGACCACCUGCAAGACUGUCUCCUAGAGGUGGCCAAGGAGAGAUGGAGCGGAGUGGAGGUCCUCAUUCAGACAGUGGCUCAAUCUCUCCUACAUGGGAGAGAGAUCGCAGGGGGCCCCCACCAGGACCCCCUGGGCCCCCAGGGCCACUAGGACCCCCAGGAUAUAUGUUCUCAGAGCCAGGAGGUCCAAUGUACAGGAGACCUCCACCUCCUCCUGGAGCUCUGGGCCUUUUGCCUCCUCCUGGCUCCCUCCCGCCUGGCCCUCUUCACCCAAGGGGUCUUCCCCUGGGACCCCCAUACCCUGCAGACUUAGCAGAUGGCUCAUACAGAGAAAACAGUCAUGGUCCUGGUGAUCUGGAGCACAGAGAGUCUGGUCCUGGUGAGAGAAGGACUCCCCCUGAAGCUGAUCUAAGGAUGGGGGGCCCACCCCCUCCUGGACCCCCAAUGGGCCCCAUGGAUGGUCCAUUUCCUCGCAGAGCCCCGUAUGGACCACCACCUCCUGAUUUCUACCCUCCCAGGGGACCUGGGGGCCCUCCCAUAAUGCCAAUGUGGGCCCCUCCACCUCCAGCGAUGAUGUUCCCUCCUCGUUUCCCUCCUGGUGGACCUCCUCUUCGUCCUGCUCCUCAUCCUCACUACGCUCCCCCAACGCGGCCCCCUAUGCCUGACGGCCACCCACAUCCUUCCAUGGGUCCCCUCCCUCCUCAGCAGUCCCUCCCCUCUCCACCACACAGCCAGUCGCCAGAGGAGCACACACCUUCACCUGAGGACGCCAUUUGAGUCUGAGCAGGUUUUCCACUCGAGCUGUAGGGUGACACGUUUCUGGUUCAAAUUUGACACAGCGGGAGAUGGAUCUAUCCGUCGUUCUGUUAUCGUAAACAUCUACACAUUAAACCAGGAGGAGGUAUUUAAUGAUGAGCACAGGGGAAACCAUCAGCCUUUAUACGGCCUUUUUGUUGCUGUCUGUCUGCUUCUGCCUGGUCUUUCUGCUCUGUUCACAUCCUCUCUUCCUCCCUGUCACUUGCCUUGUUUCUCUGCUCUAUCUUCAUCCAGACCUAUUCCCUGCAAAGUACUUCCUGUUGUCGUGGAGUCACGGUGACAGAGGUAAUGUCGUGUUGUGUAAUUCCACAGGCAGCUUAAUCUGUGCGUCUGUCAGGGGGAAUGUUGAAUCAGAAACAGUCGCUUGUUUGCUUGAUAAUACCAGAGAGGUUUUUAAUGCCCCUUUGGUUGAAAUGUGUGCAUGUAGGAAUGCUGUAGGUGUGGUAUGUGGCAGAGAACCGAGUGUUUUUACGUAUGGCAUCAGUCAGCAUUUCAUCGCGAUGGCGCAGAAAGAGAAAUCUGAAUGAUCGCGGGCUAUCAGGGAAGAAAUGCGUCCUUUUAGGCCUAAUAUGAUAUAUUUUAUUGCACCAACUUUCUUGCCAUUUUAGCGUAAUUUAAAAGAAAAUGUAUUAACCAUCUGGGUUUUUGUUAACCUGAAUUCAACUACACCUCAAUCAGAUCACAUCAGGUCUUAUAUCAAUUCAAAAUAUUCCCCAGAGGUCAAAUAAAACUUGAAAUAUAUUUUAAGUGUAUAACUGAUGGCUUCUCUGUGGGAUUUUGAAGACUUCAUCAGCAAAGCUAUUUUUUCAAACAGCAGCAAGUAAACAGUGUUUCUGAUAAUGUUACAGUGACUUGCAAACGGCCCAGGCUUGGAAAAAGUGGCCUCUUCUAGUAGCUGCUUGUAUUUUGUGGAAGUAAGCUGUGACUCCUGAUAGUCACAGAAUGAUGAAUUAAAUGGACUGACUGGAAGAGAGGUGACCAUCAGAGCCAGAAAGAUGACACCCAUGUGAAUUUUGUAAAAAGUGAUUAUUAACAGAUAAAUAAAGAGUGUCAAAUUGU